GCUGGCGCGGUGAGCAGGAGGUGGCUGUGCCCGCCCGGGGAAAGGAUUCUCGUCCUCGCUCCCCGGAAUGGCUGGCAGCCGGAGGCCGCUCUCCCUCUGAAGAAGCCAUGAAGACCAUCAUCGCUGCCUACUCCGGCGUCCUCAGGGGUACAGGAUCCAGCAUCCUCUCUGCUCUUCAAGAUCUAUCUUGGCUGUCCAAGUCCAAAGUAGAGAAGCAACUGCAGGUCAUCUCAGUGCUGCAAUGGGUGCUGAGUUUCCUCAUCAUGGGCGUGGCUUGCACCGUUAUCCUCAUGUACAUUCUGUGCACAGACUGCUGGGUGAUUGCUGCUGUGUAUUUGGUGUGGUUGGUGUUUGACUGGAACACUCCCAAAAAAGGAGGAAGAAGAUCUAAGUGGGUCAGGAACUGGGCCGUGUGGAGAUACUUCCGGGACUACUUCCCAGUCCGACUGGUUAAAACUCACAACCUGAUGAUCAACAGGAAUUACAUCUUUGGCUACCACCCGCAUGGGAUCAUGGGACUGGGUGCCUUCUGCAAUUUUAGCACAGAGGCGACGGGUGUGGGCCAGAAGUUUCCUGGGAUCCGGCCAUACCUUGCUACAUUGGCUGGAAACUUCCGGAUGCCCAUUUUGAGGGACUACUUAAUGUCUGGAGGUAUCUGCCCAGUGAACCGCGACACCAUAGACUACAUCCUCUCCAAGAACGGCACUGGGAACGCCAUUGUGAUUGUGGUAGGAGGCGCAGCUGAGUCCCUGAACUGCAUGCCAGGCAAGAACUCUGUCACCCUGAAGAACCGGAAGGGCUUUGUGAAGCUGGCAUUACGACACGGAGCAGAUCUGGUUCCUGUGUACUCCUUCGGCGAGAAUGAGGUCUAUGAGCAGGUCGUCUUUGAAGAAGGCUCCUGGGGCAGAUGGGUUCAGAAGAAGUUCCAGAAAUACGUUGGCUUUGCUCCCUGCGUCUUUCAUGGACGAGGCCUCUUCUCCUCCACCAGCUGGGGCUUGGUGCCAUAUUCCAAGCCCAUUACCACUGUUGUUGGGGAACCCAUCACCGUUCCCAGAAUCGAAAAUCCAAGCCAGAAGGAAGUAGACUUUUAUCACACCCUCUACAUGAACUCUCUGAUUAAACUUUUUGACAAGUACAAGACAAAGUUUGGCCUGCCAGAAACAGAGGUCUUGGAAGUCAAUUGAUGGGCUGCAAGGAUGAUCCUUUGGACUUGUGUUUUCGGCGGCAACCUGGCUUUGCAAAGAGACACUUUCUUGCCUGCCAGAAUCCAAGUUGUGUUCUACUUUGUGUGUUCUUGGUCUGUGAAUCAGGGAAGUGAGUGUGGAAGUAUGUGUGAGCUUUUUAAAAGGAUAAAAGGAAAAUAAGUUUUCCUAAAAAUU